AUGGCUGAAGGUAAAGAGACAAAGCAUGGAGGACACAAAAAUGGGAGGAAAGGAGGACUUUCUGGAAGUUCAUUUUUCACAUGGUUUAUGGUCAUUGCAUUGCUGGGAGUCUGGACAUCAGUAGCUGUCGUCUGGUUUGAUCUUGUUGAUUAUGAGGAAGUUUUAGGAAAACUAGGAGUCUAUGAUGCUGAUGGUGAUGGAGAUUUUGAUGUGGAUGAUGCCAAAGUUUUAUUAGGCCUUAAAGAAAGAUCUACUUCAAAGCCAACAGUCCCACCGGAAGAAGCUGAGCCAUACCCGUGGCUGGAGGAGCAGGUCCCCGAGGAUUCAGGACUUCGGAAUAUUGAAGAUGAAGUAGAAGAACAAAUUCAGCCCCUUCUCCAUGAGGCAGUCUACACAAAACAUGUUCAGGGAGACGAUGUACAACAAGAAGAGGGUGGACAAGCGAGGGAACCACAAAUGGAAGAUGAUGAUUUCCUCGUAGGACAUGAUGCAGAUGAUAGAUUUGAGUCCCUGGAGACUAGAACAUUUCAUGAAGAAACUGAAGAUAGUUACCAUGUAGAAGAGACAGCUUCACAGGCUUAUAAUCAGGAUAUGGAAGAAAUGAUGUAUGAGCAGGACAGUCCAGAUUCCACGGAACCUGUAGUAGGUGAUGAUGAAAGAAGGUACCACGAAGCAGAAGACCUUACAUACCAAGACGAUGAUGAACCAGUAUAUGAACCGUUGGAAAAUGAAGGGCUAGAAAGUUCAGGUAAGCUUUUUCUCUAAACGGAUAAUGCUGUAGAAGAUUCAAACAUAAUUUUAGAAGAAGAGCACAUGCCCCCUGCUGAAGAACAACAGGAAGUACCACCAGAAACAAAUAGAAAAACAGAUGAUCCAGAAAUAAAAGAAAAAGUUAAGAAAAAGAAGCCUAAACUAUUAAAUAAAUUUGAUAAGACUAUUAAAGCUGAACUUGAUGCUGCAGAAAAACUUCGCAAAAGGGGAAAAAUUGAGGAAGCAUUGAGUGCAUUCCAAGAACUAGUUCACAAAUACCCGCAGAGUCCACGGGCGAGAUACGGAAAGGCACAGUGUGAAGACGAUCUGGCUGAGAAAAGAAGGAGCAACGAGGUGCUGCGUGGGGCCAUCGAAACCUACCAGGAGGUGGCCAGCCUGCCCGAUGUCCCCACAGACUUGCUGAAGCUGACAUUGAAGCGACGCUCAGACAGACAGCAAUUUCUGGGUCACAUGAGAGGCUCCCUGAUUACCCUACAGAAAUUAGUUCAACUGUUUCCUGAUGAUAUGUCUUUAAAGAAUGACCUUGGAGUGGGGUACCUCUUGAUAGGGGAUAAUAACAAUGCUCAGAAGGUCUAUGAAGAGGUUCUGAAUGUGACACCGAACGAUGGCUUUGCUAAAGUGCAUUAUGGCUUUAUCCUGAAGGCGCAGAACAAAAUUGCUGAGAGCAUUCCCUAUUUAAAGGAAGGAAUAGAAUCUGGGGAUCCUGGCACUGAUGAUGGGAGGUUUUACUUCCACCUGGGGGAUGCCAUGCAGCGGGUUGGGAACAAAGAGGCAUAUAAGUGGUACGAGCUUGGGCAUAAGAGGGGCCAUUUUGCAUCUGUAUGGCAGCGCUCUCUGUACAACGUGCAUGGACUGAAAGCCCAGCCGUGGUGGACCCCAAGAGAAACAGGCUACACAGAAUUAGUGAAGUCCUUAGAAAGAAACUGGAAGUUAAUCCGUGAUGAAGGCCUUGCCGUGAUGGAUAAAGCCAAAGGCCUCUUCCUGCCUGAAGAUGAAAACCUGAGGGAGAAAGGCGACUGGAGCCAGUUUACGCUGUGGCAGCAAGGAAGAAAAAAUGAAAAUGCCUGUAAAGGAGCUCCUAAAACCUGUUCUUUACUAGAUAAAUUUCCUGAGACAACAGGAUGCCGAAGAGGACAGAUCAAAUAUUCCGUCAUGCACCCAGGAACUCACGUGUGGCCACACACAGGGCCCACCAACUGCAGGCUCCGAAUGCACCUGGGCUUGGUGAUUCCCAAGGAAGGCUGCAAGAUCCGAUGUGCCAAUGAGACCAAGACAUGGGAAGAAGGCAAGGUGCUCAUCUUUGAUGACUCUUUCGAGCACGAGGUGUGGCAGGACGCCGUGUCUUUCCGGCUGAUCUUCAUUGUGGAUGUGUGGCACCCAGAGCUGACACCCCAGCAGAGACAGAGCCUUCCAGCGAUUUAGCAUGUUGUGCAGGCUUGGGACACACUGGAGAGAGGCUGCCUUGCUGGUUCUAUCUCCUUGGGUGUAGGGGUAGAGGUUCUGAGUCUGAGGGCCCUUCAUUCCCUUAACGGGCAGCUCCCAAAAUUCUAAGGCUCCUCCUAGGGUUAGAAGACACUAAAUGGAAUAUUUUGCCUUGCUGCAGUUCACGUAGAAAGCCUCCUGCUGUCCUUCGUCUCACGACAGCACCCAUCCGAUGCUGUAUUUCCAGCGAAGACACGAGAGCUUCUGCCUUGUCAGCCAAAGAUAUUUUUCCCACUUAGAAGAGGCCUGAAUCAGUGUACAAUGAGAAUAUAUGUAGAAACUGUGAAUGGAUCACUUUAGUAAUUUUUCUAUGCAAUUGUAUUUUUCUAGGGUAGCUAGGCCAUGUUUUUCAUCAUGUACCACUACUUUUUUCUUGAGUUUAAUAAUAAGCUGUGUAAAUGCUUUACUUCUAGCUGCUUAAUGGUGACUUCCCCCGUGAACUCAGACUUUCCUCUUUUAAUUAUUUUUAGUAAAAGACACUCACAAAGAAGCAAUUUUAUUUUCCUGAUUCAAAGGAGAAAGAUGUAAUUACGCUGAUGUCUGUGAACCGUAUUGCUUCCCACCCCCUGAGACUCUUUGCUUUCUUAUCUUCAUUGAAAGCCAUUGUCUUAAUGUCUCUCCUCGCCAUGCACAUGGUAGAGAUGCUGUCUUUCCAAGAGGAGCUUUUCAUCCUGAAACAGGACAUGGAGUCAUUUUAUCUUGAGUCAUAAAAGUGCCACCUGUAAUUUUUUUUAAUGCCAAGAAUUAGAACGUG